AUUUCCGACUGAAACUAAAAACAAAUUAAAGUACAUUUUCCCCAGCAGCCAGCCAUGUGCAGCCCCGACUGCUGUUCGGGCAAGUCGCCCAUUGCCCGGCGCCUGCAGGCGCGCAGGCAGCAGCGAGUGGCCGAGGAGGAGGCCAGGCGGCGACCCAAGGCAGUGAUUUGCACGCCAGAGAGCGAGGUUUACGCUUACUCCGAGAUCGAGCGAAUGGCGGAGCACAUCUUGGGCGUGUGCCACACGCGACCCAAGAUUGGGCUGAUCUGCGGGCAGUUUCUGCGGCAGCUCGUCGACAUAAUUGAGGCGCCGCUGCUCAUUCCCUUCGAGGCCAUACCGCACUUCCCAGUCUCCGCUCGCGAGGGGCACUGCAACCACCUGAUCGUGGGCACCGUGAUGGGCGCCACCGUGCUGGCCAUGCAGGAUCGCUUCCACACGUACGAGGGCCACCAGCUGGCCAGCAGCGUGCUGCCGGUGCGCGUGAUGAAAAUGUGCGGCGUGCAGCACAUUCUCCUGACAUGCGCCGCCGCGGCCGUCAGUCCGCAGUAUGCCGUCGGGGACAUUGUGCUCAUCAAGGAUCACAUCAACAUGUCGGGCAUGCUGGACGGAACACCGCUGAGGGGUGCACACGAUCCGCGCUUUGGCGCACGCAAGCUGGCCAUGAGCCAGGCCUACGACAGGCGACUGCUGGACAAGGGCCUGGAGAUUGGCCGCUCCCUGGGCCUCGAGGACAUCCUGCAGACGGGCGUCUUUGCCUGCCUGUGCGGCCCCACCUACAAGACGAGCGCCGAGGGGCAGCUGCUGCUGCGCUUGGGCGUCGAUGCGGUGGGCAUGUCCCUCGUGCACGAGGUGAUUGUGGCCCAUCACUGCGGCCUGAAGAUCUUCUCCCUGGGCCUCAUCACGCUGCCCGCCAACGAGGAGGAGACGGAGACGGAGGCGGAGGCGCUGGCCAUGCCCAUGCAGCGCGUGCAGGCCUGCAGCGAUCUCAUCGCCCGCCUCAUCUACGCCAUACAGAACGACGAUCUCUGAGAUUCUUUUCCACCUGCGCCAGAAAUA